AUGGCAGAGACCCUGAUUUUGAUCUUGACUGAAAAGAUUGCCUCAGCAUUAGCGGACCAAUUAGAAAAGCAGUUCGACUCUCUGUAUGGGUUACAGCAGGAGCUAUUGACACAGGUUCGUGGCCGAAUGAGUCAAAUUAAGAUGGAGUUCGAGGUCAUAAAAGGUUUCCUUAUCUACAUAGGUACAAGGAAGGAGAACAACGAGAUACUGGACGCCUGGGUGAAGGAAGUAAGAGAGUUGGCAUUUGAAGCUGAGACUAUUAUGGACCAUUACACUUACAUUUGGGCAGACCAACGGCACUCUUCAAAUGUUAGCCGAUGGUACCAUAUUAAUAAUCAGCUUCAAGAAAUCUCGAACAGGCUUCAUCGACUUGGCGAAAUGAAACAACAAUAUGAUAUCAAAACAACAAAAGGUAGUCAAUCAAAGAUUGCUAUCGAGAGGCACCAAGAUUUAACCAGAUCAUCCCGUGUCAUUGACGAGGAAACUAUCUUAGGCACCGAAGAAUACGAAAAAGACCUAAAGAGUUGGUUAAAAGGCGGACAAACUGAUGUCGCACACUCCAAACGCAUUUUAAUAUCAGUCAGUGGACCUGUUGGUAUCGGGAAGACAACUCUAGUGUCCAAGGUUUAUAGGAGCACAAUGAUAAGGGAAUCCUUUGGCUGUCGUGCAUGGGUCAAUGUCUCGCGUACUUACAAAGUUGAGGAUCUGCAUCGAAGAAUAGUGAGAGAACUUUUCAAAGGACAAAAAGGAGAGAUACCUCAGCGUCUUGAUACCAUGGAUUCCACAGAAUUGAAGAAAAUCCUUGAUGAGUUUUUAGGAAACAUGAGGUACCUGAUCGUCCUAGACGACAUGAGGGACCAAAAUGUUUGGAAAGAGAAACUAGAAAAUUUUAUCCCAGACAAUAAUUGCGGAAGUCGAAUUAUAAUGACGACUCAAAGUGUUCAUGUGGCCUCGCUAGCAGGUGAAGAUCGCAUCAUGCAAGUAAAAAAGCUUGGCGAACAAGACGCGCUCUAUCUCUUCUGUAGAAAGGCCUUCCAGAGACAUGACACUGAAGAAUGCCCUACUGAGUUAAUGGAACAAGCGAGGAAUAUUUCGAAAAUGUGCGAUGGGCUGCCGUUGGCUGUAGUGUCCAUGGGAAACUAUUUGUCCCUGAGGGAGAAGACAAUCUUGGAAUGGAAAAAACUCGAGGAGGAUUUAAAUUGGAUCCUUAAUAAUAACGUCGAUUUUGAUUUGAUGAAGAGCGUCUUGAAAUUGUCCUUCGACAGCCUCCCAGGGUACUUAAAAACGUGCUUCUUAUAUUGUGGUAUUUUUCCUGAUAGUCACCUUAUCAAGAGGAAGAGGUUAAUUAGGUUGUGGAUAGCUGAAGGCUUUAUUCAGGACCGGGGCAGACGGACUGCUGAGGACGUUGCGGAGGACAAUCUUCAUGAACUCAUUAAGCGGAAUAUGCUUGAAGUCCAGGAUACGAAUGACUCUGGGAGGGUGAGGACCUGUAAGAUAAGUGCAAUAAUGCGACAACUUAUUAUCUCAAAAUCUGAACAGGAGGAUUUUUAUGUCGUUUUUGAGGAUGCGGAAAAAAGUUAUGAAGGCAAUGCGCGGCGUUUCUCGGUGAAGUCUUCGAACAACAGUAUUCCCUUUGGCAUAAGUUCUAUUCAGAACCUUAGAUCUUGGAUACACUUCGGCACUGGUGAACCCCCUCUUCAGUCCGGCUUCAAAUUAUUACGGGUUUUGGACUUGCAAGGCGUUCCGCUUAUUAAAGGUCUUCCGAAGGAAAUAUUUAAUCUAUUCAAUCUCCAUUACUUGGGCCUAAGGAAUACAUCGAUCAAAAGGCUCUCCACUUCAAUAAAGAGGCUUGUCAAUUUACAAACUCUAGAUCUUGCUUUCACUAAUAUCAAAGAGUUGCCAGAUGGUAUCGUAAAGCUCCGAAGGUUGCGACACUUGUUCGUAUAUAAGAUUGUUGAUCGUACGUAUCAAAGUUUCUGUUAUUUCCUUGGAUUCCCAGCUCUACGAGGAAUAUGCGAUUUGAAGGAACUACAUACGCUACAAAGUGUAGAAGUAAGCAAGGAUAUCCUCAGAAAUCUGAAGAAGAUGUCUCAACUGCGAUCCUUCAGAAUAAUGAAGGUCAGAGCUGAGCACUAUUCAGACUUAUCUAAAGCCAUCGAGACGAUGGUGAAUCUUCGCAGACUAGAUAUUGUGGGUGCAAAGAGUGACGAAGCUCUAGACAUGACAUGCGAAAUUGUCCCUCCCCAGUCCCUGGAGAAACUCACAUUUCGAGCAAAAUUGAUGACGCUACCAACGUGGAUCAGCUCUCUUAGGAAUCUUGCUUGGGUUCGGCUGUGUUGGUGUAGUCUGCCACCCGAACAGGACUUCCUUCCUUCACUCGGUGGAUUACAUAGCUUGGUGUUCCUUCUACUUAUUAAUGCACACAACGGCUCCGAGUUAUCCUUCAAAAAUGGAUCGUUUCUCCGACUGAAGGAUCUACGUAUAGUGGACAUGAAGAAUCUGAAGGAAAUUAAAGUGGAGAGUGGAGCCCUAAAUGAGCUGCGCCAUCUCAAUUUGGUGCGGUGUGAAGGACUGACAAAUGCUCCCAAAGGAAUCCUGAGUCUCAAAAAUCUUGAGAAUGUACACUUGGAGAACAUGAAAAGGGAAUUUGUGGAUCAACUAUGGCAAACAGAAUCUGAUAACCACCCGAUGCUUAGAGCUGUAAAUAUAGUUCGACAAGAUUCCAAAUGGGAGCUUAAAUCUCUCGGAAAGUUCCGCUCCAACCUGAUGGGGUAUGAUGAUCAAAAUCGAGAGAACAGCUAG